AUGAAAAGAGCCGAAGCUUGUGAAAAAAAAGUUUUCUUCAAUCAGAAACUUCAGCCGAGAUUAUCCGCCAUUGCUUCAAAUGGCAUUGCCUUCACUUUCUUACGCCUUCUUCGUCAACUUAGACCGCUUCUCUCAAAUCCAUCAAACUACGGCCCCUUAAUUGUCAGUCGUGCCAUCUGUCUUUCAUUCUGCCGGCUCUACUGUCUAUCUGCCUGUCAACGGAUUUACUGCAGCUGGUCGACUAAUACUAUUUGCAUACACAUGCGUCUAUCUCCUGCGUUCAACCCUACCCCACGCAUUUUUCAUCUCUCUCUCUCUCUCUCUCAGUCUCUCUCUCUCUCUCUCUCUCUCUCAGUCACUCUCUCCUCAUCCUCAUCCUCCCCUAUGUCCCUGUCAGUUUCCAUAUACAUCCAUGACUUUCCCGUCUUUUUCUUUAUGGCUGACCAGUUCAGGCUUGGCGUGGAGCCAAACAGCUGA